CUUUCACCUGCAAUUGUACCCAUAUAGCGUCUUUAGUUAAUCUAGUCCCUCCAGCGCUGGCGAAAGAGUUUGCAAACUGGUUUAACAGCACUUUACAAUGGUGAGAUUAUUUUUUUAAAUCCAGUUUUCUCAAAACAACCAAACAAAAAGCCCAACAACAAUAUCAACACACACAAAAAAAAGCCCACCGACUAAAAAAAGUUGGGGGAAAACAGCAGAAGCAUUGAAACAAACAGUCCAAGUCUCUUGCUCCUAAAAGAAGCUGCAUAGCUUUUGUAUAUCUUUGUGGCUAGGGCGUUACAACUGCAGGUCAAAAAGUUGAGGGUCAAAAGUUUACGUUUUGCACCACUCUUAGUCAUCCGCCCAGACAGAGUUUGAUGUCAAUGUUAUAGCCGAGAUCUUGACUAUCAGCACAAAAGAUAAAAUAGCUUUGAGUUAAGCGUGUAUCACAGUAUGGACUCCAGGUGAACUCUAGUGGUUGAAUGACCUCAAUUACCGAGGAAAGGAUAGAAAAUUCCUCUUUUCGAGAGUAAUACAUGUUGUAUUUCAACUUGAAUUAUCAGCCACAUUUAUGUCUAAAUAUCUCUGGCUCAGAUGCACCAGGUAAACAUGCAGGAGAGCAAAACGCGUCCAUGGCUGUAUGUUUAAAUACCAGGGUCAGGUAACAAAAUGUUUCACACACUUUUAUAUAAUAACUUUCUUAAGAGGUUUUAAUGUUAAGCCUUUUCACUUUUCAAAAUGUCAGGAAGAUAAGAUCUGAGCAAACCUAUUAACAUGUAUACCGACCCUCACAGCGUCUGAGUUUUUACUAUUAUUUCUUUAGUAAACCUUAAACUGGAUUACGCUGGACAUAUUGUAGGAUAUACUGCCAGUUAUAUUUUUAGUCCGAAAGUGCAAAUCUAACAUUCAGAAUGAUCGGGCGAUCUGAUGCUAACAGAUAUUAUUCUGCCUAAAACCCUGACGGCGCUGGAUAGUUCCAUAAUUUCCAGGACUAUCAAAGCCUUCUGAAAAUACUCCCAAACAGAAAUUGAUAGUUAAACCAGUAUCAGGGUAUUUUUAAGCUGAAUUUCUUUGUGUAAAGAGCAAUUUCCAAGAUGUCGAGAGUUUUUCUUGUCUUUAAAACGGCAACAGUAUUGAAGAUUUAGCUCUGACGUUGUGUCAAUUGAGAGUAACACACAGUACUACACAAAGAAUUUCAUUUUGGGAGGUAAUUAUAAACCAAAUAAACAGCGUAAAAACUAAAGAAAGAUCGAAAUGAUAUUGAAAGAGUGCUAUGUUUUAAGAGGAAACAUUUAUCCAAAAUGUUGAGAUGUAAAAGAUCUGGGGAUUGAGGGAAAGGCCAUAAGGAGGAAGUCAACUGGGGAAAAGUACCUCCUUUAUAUCCAUGUUUAGCCGAAUUAAGAACAAAAAGACAUGACUUAUACGAUAUCUCUAGUUAUUUUAGAUACAAAUUAAUUAUUUGCCAGUGAUACCAGUGGAUCAUUGCAGAGAGCAGGAGUUAUUGAAAAUAAAUUGUGAGCUGUUUGAUCUCAAAUCAUUGAGAGAUAUGAUUGGAGAUUAUGCCUAACUCGUUUGUAUUUGACAGCAUGGUGGAAAUAUCUAAUUAUCAUCACACACCGUGUGUACGUUGUUCAUCAAACAGUGAUGUUGCCAACUUGUAACAAGCUAUUAAUAUAGCAUAUUUUAUGUUAAAAAGAACAUUUUUCCCACUUGAGAUAGUAUAUAUUACCUUAUGCUGCUAGAAAACAAGGAAUCGUCUAGCAGCACCUUAAAGACUAACAAAACAUGUAAUCAUUUGUUGAAAAAAAGCAAAGUGUUUGGUAACAAUCUAAAAUAUAUAAUCAAGUAUCUAUGUUGUUAACAAGUGGUAGGCAGAUUUUUCCCACGAAUAAUGAGUCUUUGAUACACCCUGAUCGAAAAGCUAUUCCUACCACUAAAUUCCAUAAAAUGAGGGACCUGAAAUCUACUCUCUUCCUUACCAAAACAAAGAUUUUGCUGCAAAUCCAUGUAUUCCUCAGAGUUCAGAAUAAAAAUCUCAAUGAGAAUAUUUUUAGAGUUCAACUGCAACUUCAAUAAAUAUUGACCUAUCUCAAUUAUUGUUUAAGUGAUUCCUUUUAAAAAGGGGAAACAGAGCAGUUAUUAAUUUGAGAUGAACGAUCCCUCCUUGCCUUUGUACGUUCAGUCUUUGAAAGCAGCACACACUGGUCUCUGGCGUAGAAUGUCUGGUCAAAAGACCAUUCAUUUAAAAUUCUACCACAAAUCACAUUUUGUGUGUGUUUAUUUAACCAUGCCUGUAUAGCACAAGCAAAGCACUCCCAACGCCCAGUUGCUAGAACAUAUACUGUGCCAGCGAAGCCAACGCUUUCUAAAAUAAUGAACUUGGGGGCAAACAUGCAAUCACUGCCCCAAUCCUGAUUAUUUAAAGCAACCGUUUAGCAUUUUAGUUUCCUAGCUAACAAAUGUUUAAACUGAGGAGCUGUCCUGAGGGCUUUAUGAUUCCCCAAGAACAAAGGGGAGAUACAGUUGGUACAUUCCAUAACGUUAACAUUUUCCCGCGAUUUUUUCUUAAUUUUCCCUUAGAAGUAGUGACCUGGGCAAAGCACCCUGCUAUCUAAAAGACACUGUUAUAGACCUUUUAGAAAAACUAAGUCCAAGGCCGAGGUGAACUUCAGGUCACCGCGUCUAACAAAUAUGAAAAUGUCGCCUGGUGAAGGGCACGCCUUGUUGUUUAACAAAGACUGUCAAUGUGUAAGAUUAAUAAGAAACAAAAUGCGCACGGUGUCACUUUUCGGUCACUUUGAAACUUUGGACAGGGUUGCAUUCAAGAGGCAAAGCUGGGGCUAAAUAUAUUCAAAAUGGUUCAAAUCAGAUUCAAACCAGGCUGCUCGCGGGUCUUUCUCUCUGGCCGCCCUCUCUCUGCUGCACGGACACGUUCACAAGUUUAGCUGAAUUAUCAUUUUCUAACCCUUCGGUUGUAAAACUAAUUUGUCCGCGCGCAUGGAAGUCAGCAGAUGUGCGUUCCACGAGAACUCUUUUCACGCGUUGUGGGCACGAUCAGAAAUUGGAUCUUGUUGGUGCUAUUGCACUAUUCACUGCAGUUCAGUGCGUUCCCAAUCUCGGCUAUGGCAAGACUCAGCUGGUAAACUUUUGGUCAUGUGGUAAUUGUUGAAGCGUGUGAAAAUAUGGUCUUAUUUCUUAAAUAAAAAAAUUCGAAUGUUUUUGUUUUAUUGUUUGCUCGCUUGCUUGUUUUUAAAGCUGGACUGGUGCUACAAGUUGGGGAAAGGGAAAUAUCCCAGGAUGGUUCGGAGAUUGUUUAUUACGUCCAUAAAUCUUGCAGUAAAAUGUCGAAAUGGCCGUGUGUAAGAUAACACUUGGUGGUCUUGGCUGGGUUCUUGUUUAUGAUAACAAAACCACAAAGACAAGGAACAGGCCUUUGGCGAUCCUGCAUAAGCACAUCUUCCCAGACGGCUAAAAGCACAGGAAAACCAGGCUUCGGCUGGGCAGCGGCGGUCACCUUGUAGAUUUCCAAUCGCCUGCAGAACUGUGUUCUUUUCUGGUUUCCUCCGAAACAGAGCUACCCAGUAGAAAGAAGUACAGUUGACCAAGUAUACUUUGAAGUCUAAUCACGGUACAUAUUAUUAAUCAGAACCUGGGAAGCUCUCGGAAUCCAACCUUCAGCAUACAAAAUAAGCCAUUCUGAAAGGCAUUCUCUUGGAAAAAAAAGUCUGUGAAGACGCAAAGGAUUUUCCUGGAAAAAAAAUGUGGUCAUGUGUAAAGACACAGCAUCUUGGCUGUCUGCUAAAAAAAUGCAUACUGUCUUGGUGGAGGAGACUCGGCCCCGGAGUGCAAAAUAUCACAUGGCAGAUUAUCAUCAUUUAAGGCAUUGCUUGUUGCUUAUUUUCAGCACUCCAGUGCACCGAAAAAGUCGAUUUACUGAGCGAUAACAGCAAGAAACAAGUCAGUCUACUCUUAGAAAUUGUAGGAGGUUAACCAGGAGAGGCCAUUGGAGGAAGAACGUCACGUGACAGAGGGGUGCCAAUGUUAUUCUUUAAGGGUGUCAAGACCCUGUCAGUUUGUGAAAUAAAUAUUGGGAAACAACGAAAUGCAAAAAGCGACCUACUACGACAGCUCUGCAAUCUAUGGUGGCUACCCCUACCAAGGAGCAAAUGGUUUCACUUAUAAUGCUAGUCAGCAGCAAUAUCCUCCAUCUUCAUCACUUGUGGAAACUGAAUAUCAUCGACCUGCUUGCUCUUUACAGUCACCUGGCAGUGUUGUGUCCCACCAUAAGGCCAAUGAAAUCAACGAGAGUUGUAUGAGGACCAUCACUAGCCAACCCCUCCAGCCCCCAGUUCUUUCAGAGCAGCAACAGCAACAGCCUCCAGCCCAGCCAGCACCACCUCCACCGCCACCCUCUGUCUCACCACCUCAAAAUGCCAGCAGCAAUUCUGCCCCAUCUAAUACUACCAAGAGCCCAGUUAUUAACUCACCCACCAUGUCCAAACAAAUCUUCCCAUGGAUGAAAGAGUCUCGACAAAAUACAAAGCAGAAAAACAGCAGCUCCAGUUCAGGUGAGAGCUGUGCUGGUGAUAAAAGCCCUCCAGGGCAAGCCUCCUCUAAAAGAGCGCGUACAGCUUAUACAAGUGCCCAGCUGGUAGAACUGGAAAAGGAGUUCCACUUCAAUAGAUACCUUUGCAGGCCAAGGAGGGUAGAAAUGGCGAAUUUGCUCAAUCUCACAGAAAGACAAAUCAAAAUAUGGUUUCAGAACCGCAGGAUGAAAUAUAAAAAGGAUCAAAAGGGAAAGGGCAUGAUGACCUCUUCUGGAGGACAGUCCCCGAGCAGAAGUCCGGUGCCUCCAGCUCCCGGGGGGUAUCUAAACUCUAUGCAUUCUUUAGUAAACAGUGUUCCCUAUGAGCCCCAGUCACCUCCAUCCUUUAACAAGCCUCAUCAAAAUGCCUAUGGCAUCCCUGCCUCAUAUCCGGCUCCUCUCAAUAAUUGCCCGCCUCCUCAAAAGAGAUACACGGGGACAGCAGCAGUUACUCCUGAAUAUGAGCCUCAUCCUCUUCAAGGCAACAGUUAUGGAAAUCCACAUAUACAGGGAAGCCCCGUCUAUGUGGGGGGCAACUAUGUGGACACCAUGACCAAUUCUGGGCCUUCCAUCUUUGGUCUCACUCAUCUCCCUCAUCCCUCCUCCGCCAACAUGGACUACAGUGGACCUGGGCCAAUGGGCAACAAUCACCACCAUGGACCUUGUGAUCCACACCCAACUUACACAGACCUUACUUCUCACCAUCCUUCUCAGGGAAGAAUUCAGGAAGCGCCCAAACUCACCCAUCUGUAACAGACCUGAGUGACCUAUGAGGAAUGAAGUUCCCAACUUUUUAAAAGUACAUUUCACCCUCCCCUCCAACCUCCUUCUCCUUUUUUCCUUCUGUUCUGUUUGGUUUGGUUUCCUUUGGUAAAAUGUUCUAUAGUUUAUGUGACGUAGCAAUAUUUGUUGCUUGAAUUGCUCUAUAGUUUCAAUAGUGGAUAUUUAUCUUCUUGAACUGUAGCCUUGUGUCUCGCUUUGGGAGUAGACAUAGGCUUUAUACUUUACUUCUACACUUUUAUCAAAACAGGGUAUAUGAACAAAUUUUCUAUAACAAUAAUUCUUAAAUGUGAAUUUGUUCGUACAUGAUUGAUCCCACGGGGAAGCAAUUUUUUUAUUGCACUUCUUUUAAAUAGCGAGAAAGAAAUCAAAAGGCGCUUGAACAGGGGCUCCCUGGACAAUUAUUAAUACGUGUUAAGUCUUUCAAUGUGUGUAUGCUGGUGAACAUUCAGAUUUAUUUAUAUUUUUUUUGAAAACAUUGAAUAAUCUAAGUGUUUAAAAUUUUAUUUAUCCCCAUCUGUUCAUAUUUAUAUAUAU